AUGAUAAAUGCUUUAGUUCAAUACUCAACGACAUUACCAAGAUGUGGACUAGUACCACGAUCUCUUGAUGUUGAAAUUAGAAGUGUUGUGUUCUUUUCUGAACGACUCGAAGAUAUUAAAGAACUUGUUGAUAUAAAAAAAAUGUUUGUUGGUCAAUUUGGAACUACAUUAAUUGCAGAGACAACAGAAGAUACUGUUGAUCAACGCUUAUAUAAGAAAUAUCGAAAUAUGAACAACAUCUCUGAAAAAAUUGUUAAUAAUCUUCUUGAAGCAUUGAAACCUAAAGGAGUUCAACCUGAAAAACAAAAAGAUUUUGGUGUCCCAACAGCUGACCCUAUUUCUUUUCAAAAAAACCAAUUUGUUCAGUCUCAACAACAAAAUACGACUGAUAGUUAUUCUCGGUUUGCUUCUAUGAAUCAAACCAAUAACAGAUUCCCUACUUUUGAACAACAAGAAACUCAACAAAAUCAAUUUUCAGGUAUGGGUAAUGAUAAUAAAUUCCCUUCACUUGAUGCUUCUUAUCAACAACCACAAUUUCCUUCUAUAAACAAUGAUAAUAAAUUCCCUUCAUUUGGAGCUCCUCAACAACAAAAUCAAUUUCCUUCUAUAGGUAAUGAUAGUAAAUUUCCUUCUAUAGAUAAUGAUAGUAAAUUUCCUUCAUUUGAACCUAUUCAACAACAACCACAACAAAACCAAUUCCCAACCUUCAAUACUCCAAUCGUUUCACAUCAAAAUACAUUCCCAUCAUUUGGUCAACCAACUCAACAAAAUACCAAUAAGUUUCCUUCCUUUAAUCAAACCCAAGAACAACCACAACAAUUUCAAUCUAUUGGAACUUUUGCACCAAUUCCUGAUUCAAACCCAGUUGGUAAGAGUGAUGAUGUUGAUGAUUUAUUGGCACGUAUGAAUGCAUUGAAAGAUUAA